AAUGUAUUCAUCAUUUCAAUAAGUCUCUUAUUAAUGUACGUCUUCAUGGUAGUAUAUGGUUUAAUCGUCAUAGUGUCCUAACAUCCAGUUUGUACACAGUGUCCCAUGUCAAGAGGAGGAAAGUUUUCUGCUGCACCCCUGACAUUUGUUGUUCAUAUUAGGCUCCUGUUUGCCUGAAGAGAGUGUCUUAUUUCUCCAGACAAAAUGCAAAAAUGUCCACAGUUGUUAGUUGCAUGGUCUGACUGAAACCUCGAGGACUACAUCUGUGUUUACAGAACUUUACAGAACUAAACCACAAGACAUGAAAUUAACUAUUUUAUUUUACAGAUAUAAUCUUAUACAGAUAUAAGAUUUAUAAGUUUAGAGAUAAUCUAGUUCUAUACUCACACAUACCUUUACUUGUAAUAUGGUAUUAUUACAGUUUGUUGUUAUGACUUAUAUAUUUCACUACACACACUCUCAAUCAUGUACACUAGCAAACAGUACAUAUGUAUCGCAUAUCUAACCCUGCAUGUGAAUGAAAAGAAGAUGAUGUCUGCAGACUUACUUCAUGCCACAGAAGUGUAAUGAGAUGUAGUUGUAUUUUUGUUUUCUGUAGAUUUUGAAUGUAUCAGCCAGUAAACCCCGCCCCCUGCGCUCAUGUCUCGCUCCGAAGCCACGCCCCCAAACCAUGAACACGCGCGCUGUCCGACAACUGCCGACGUAGUCCGAGUGCUCACGAGCGGUAGGAAGAAGAGUGUACCUACCUGUGCAUCGUUGUCAUCGCACCUUCUAACUAAAAGUCCCUACCUCAUGUCUUCACCUAGCUUCCAGGAUAACAGCAUUGUUGACUCUGAUGACCAAGACAGGCCAGAACAAAAUGGAGGCAGAGGUUGUGGAUGUGGUAGUGCAACAGGUCAGGGAGCAGAUGUUCUCAGGAAAGAUGACAUACAGUAGAAGAUCUUCCAGCUCAAAUAAUUGCACACGAAUCAGAAGACAUCUGGGGCUUGUGUCUGCAACCAUCCUUUUGAAGUUGAAGUGGAUUAUUUCUGUUUUAAAACAGAAUCAGGACUGCAGAAAUAAUUUUGGGCUGUGACUUUUCUGAGGCCAUUGAUAUGUGGUAGCUGGUCUGGAUUGUGUGUAUGAUGAUGUGCGGCAACCUGCCGUUAAAGGAGUAUCUGGUUAUGAAUUUCUGGUGAGCAUUGUUGAGCUCCGGGGUCAGCCAGCAGACCAUCUUCUUAAUAAUGGUCGAAGGACAACUAGUUACUUCAACAGGUCUGAGUCUGGCAGCUGGCAGCUCAAGACACUUGUGGAAUAUUGUAGUGAAAACUUUGAUAAAAGAGAGUCGACGGCGACAGUCGACGGCGACAGCGACAAAUUCCAAUCUCUGGAUGAUCCAAAAGAUGCGUCUGGAGGAAAAUAACAGAGCUGAGGCUAAAGAGAGAGAGCAGUGUACCAAGCUCCUGAAGGCAAUGCUGAAAACUGAUGGAGACGAGAGGAUCACUCCUUAUGAAGUCUUCACUCAUCCAUUCAUCACUAAAGACUACCUGAAGGAAGUCAUGGUCCCCUCACUGCACUGGCUCCUGCUACUGUGGGGAAUUCAAGGUCUUUGUGCACAGGACUAUGAAGAAGACUAUGAGGAGGAGGUGGUGGUGACUCCCAAAAGGAAGGUCAACCAAUUCACAUCCAUUACCAUACCGAAAAAUGGCAAUGCACUUAUUGAUGAAGACUGCAGUCUGGAGUUGGCCUUCCUGAUCGACAGCUCAGAGAGCGCCAAGGACAACCAUGCCCAAGAGAAGCGCUUUGCCUCGGAUGUGAUGGACCGGCUGCAGGGUCUCCGUCUGCAGACCGGCAGGGGGCUCAGCUCCCGCGCUGCCCUCCUUCAGUACAGCAGCCAUGUCAUCGUCGAGCAGACCUUCAAACAGUGGCGGGGCCCCGACGAAUUCAAGGCCCGGAUCGCCCCCAUCGUCUACAUCGGCCAUGGAACCUACACCACCUAUGCCAUCACCAACCUCACCCGUAUUUACCUGGAGGAGUCGGCUCCCAGCAGCAUCAAGGUCGCCGUUCUGCUCUUCGACGGAAUCUCUCAUCCCAGGAACCCGGACAUAUUUUCAGCUGUGGCUGAUGCUAAGAACCAAGGUGUCCGCUUCUUCACCAUAGGCAUCACACCACAGGCCAACGAGGCCGCCAAUAUAGCUCAGCUGCGGCUAAUCGCUAGCUCCCCAGCCUCACGCUACCUUCACAACCUGCAGGAUAGAGGCAUUGUGGACAAAGUCAUCAAGGAGAUUACAGCGUUGGCAGAUGAAGGGUGUCCUCUGGCCCAGAGCAAGUGUGCCUGUGAAAAGGGUGAGCGGGGACCCGGCGGCCCUCCUGGCAAGAAGGGACGGUCUGGAGAAGAUGGAAUCCCCGGCCAAAAGGGACAGAAGGGUGAGGGUGGGCUGAGUGGACUUCCGGGUCGGGAAGGAGCAGAGGGCAAAACGGGAUACAAAGGAGAGAAGGGAGAGAGAGGGGAGUGUGGCACACCUGGAAUUAAAGGAGACAGAGGUCCUGAAGGCACCAUUGGCCCAAGAGGAAAUCGUGGACUUCAGGGUGUGAAUGGUCCACCUGGCGAUGUCGGACCUGAAGGUCCAAUGGGUAAAAAAGGGGAAAGGGGACUUCCUGGGCCACCUGGAAUCCAAGGGGAAACAGGAAUCGGCCUUCCGGGACCCAAGGGUCAGUUAGGUUCUCAGGGGCAGCCAGGGCCUCCCGGUCCUCAAGGAAUUGGCGAACCUGGACCACCGGGGCCUCAAGGGCCGCAGGGAGUCCAAGGAGAGAGAGGACCAUUAGGAGAGGGCCUGCCUGGACCAAAGGGCGAGCGAGGUUUGGAGGGGCCACGGGGACCCAGAGGACAGCCGGGCGCUGGAAUCAAAGGAGACAAGGGGGAUUUUGGCCCUCCGGGUCUUCCAGGGCCGCUUGGCCUCCCAGGACAGGGUAUACAAGGCGAGAAGGGCGUGGAAGGACCAAGGGGGCCAACAGGGGGCAGGGGGCCACCAGGAGAGGGCCUGCCUGGACCUAAGGGGGAUCAAGGUUUGCCAGGAGAAGUUGGCGCCCCAGGAGAAAGAGGGGCUGGAGACACUGGAGCUAAGGGAGAGCCAGGAUCAACAGGGAUGUCCGGUUUGCCGGGCCUGCCGGGGGAAGAUGGAGCCCCUGGACAGAAGGGUGAGCCAGGAGCUGUCGGUCUCAGGGGGCUUGAGGGGGCACCUGGAAUUGGCACCCAGGGUGAAAAGGGUGACCAAGGCCAAAGAGGAAUAAGGGGCUUGACUGGUCCACCUGGUAUUGCUGGGCCCUCAGGACCAAAGGGAGAGCCCGGGUCACAAGGCAGACUGGGUCUGCCUGGUCCACCUGGCCGUUUCGUCGCAGGGCCCAAGGGUGAUAUUGGCCCAAGUGGUCCUCCUGGUCCGAUCGGGGAGACAGGCUACGGACUUCCUGGUCCAAAGGGGGACCGUGGAGAUUCGGGCCCCGCAGGUCCAUUCGGUCCCAAAGGAGACGGCUAUCCCGGCCCCACGGGCCCGCCUGGUCUGCCUGGACUUCCAGGAGAACCUGGCAUUGAGGGAGUCGGCAUCCAUGGACCAAAGGGGGACAUUGGUUUCCGAGGGCUGCCUGGAUUACCAGGACCUCCGGGCGAAGGCCUCCAAGGACCUCCGGGCAACGCAGGGCGGCCGGGCCCUUCAGGGCCAAUAGGGCCUCCAGGACUUGGAGUUCAGGGACCAAAGGGAGAACAGGGGUCGCAGGGUGUGACCGGGCCGAGGGGGCCACCUGGGGAAGGCUUCCCUGGAGCUAAGGGUGACCGUGGAUUGGCAGGGGAGAGAGGGCUGAAGGGAAUCAAAGGAGAGCUGGGAGACCCUGGAAUCUCCGGGACACCUGGUCGACCUGGUGUCAAAGGAGAAGCGGGCCUCACUAGAGAGGACAUCAUCCGACUGAUCAAAGAGAUCUGUGGAUGUGGGAUCAAGUGUAAGGAGAGGCCGAUGGAGCUGGUGUUUGUCAUCGACAGCUCCGAGAGCGUCGGCCCUGAGAACUUUGAGAUCAUCAAGGACUUUGUGAACGCCCUAGUGGACCGAGUCACGGUGGGCCGCAACGCCACCAGGAUCGGCCUGGUGCUGUACAGCCUGGAGGUGAAGCUGGUGUUCAACCUGGCCCGCUACGUCACCAAACAGGACAUCAAGCAGGCCAUCAGGAACAUCCCGUACAUGGGGGAGGGCACCUACACAGGCACAGCCAUCCGUAAAGCGACGCAGGAAGCCUUCUACAGCUCCCGUAUAGGAGUCAGCAAGGUGGCCAUCGUGAUCACCGACGGACAGACGGACAAGAGGGAGCCGGUGAAGCUGGAUAUAGCGGUACGAGAAGCACACGCUGCCAACAUCGAGAUGUUUGCUCUGGGUAUCGUCAACACGUCCGACCCGACGCAGGCCGAGUUCAUGAGGGAGCUGAAUCUGAUCGCCUCUGACCCAGACUCUGAACACAUGUUCCUCAUCGAUGACUUCAACACUCUGCCAGCUCUGGAAUCCAAGUUGGUCAGCCAGUUCUGUGAAGACGAGAACGGAGCCCUGAUUUACAACAGAGUGACGAACGGCUACAACGGCUAUGGAAACAACGGGUACAAUGGCAACAACGGCUACAGGAAUGGCAACAAUGGGAACUAUGCCACCGGUGGCUACGGGUACCGUCCUGUGACUGAGACUGGCACCAACACUGACAGCAGCACCCGCAGCGAUGGAGGUCGGGUAGUGACCACCCUGCAUGGCAGCAAGGGAUCCAGCACAGCACACGGCGGAGGAGGACAUCAGGGGAGCACCGACACAACAAGCUGGUCGACCGAGCGCGGGGACACAUACGUCCGCCACAACCCGGACGUCAAGCCUGUCUCUCCUUCCAGAGAGGGCUCCUCCUCCUCGUCUUCAUCAUCUUCUUCUGCAAAUAGAACCAUAUCCACCUCAGGUGUAACUAUACAGCAUGUGCCUGCACCGAAGCCAACUCUUCCCAAAGAGACGGUUCCUCUGGACCCUCGUUGCGGCUUGGUUCUGGACCAGGGCUCGUGUCGGGACUACAACAUCCGCUGGUACUACGACAAGCAGGCCAACGCCUGCGCCCAGUUCUGGUACGGAGGCUGCAACGGAAACAAGAACCGCUUCGACACAGAAGAAGAGUGCAAGAGGACGUGCGUGAUCAGCAGAUCAACAGGGGGCUGAGUGAAUGCAUCUGCCAUACAUCUGCUGUAGAUACUUCAAGGAGGGGCAGCUAAUACCGGCCAUUUCUCACAGUAAAGUCCAUCAGGCAUAUACACAUGUGCACCGAUGCUCUUUAUCACCUUUACAUUCCCGUUCCUGUCUCCGUGCCCCCUCCUGUAGCACUUAUUGUAAAAUCACGAUCCUCUAAUCACAGCGAGUGAGAGCUGUAGCUUUGACAGAUACCUCCGUUAUUGCUGUUGUUUGUUUUUUUAUAUCAGCAUCUAACUCCAUUUACUCAGGAAAUACACAUGAGCACUCUCUCCGUGUGUGUCCAGUCCCCUGAUGAUUCCCACACAUACGAGAGAGAAAUGAUUGCUUUUUAAAAAAAAAAAAAAAAAAAAUAUUUUUCACGCUCAGCCUGUGAGCGCUGCAAAGCUUGUGAAAAAAUGGACUGUUCACUCGACAUGACCAAUAAUAACUCCGGUGCCUUGUCAAUGUCAAAAUCGUUAAGCGCCACAAUCAAUCAAUACGGCGUAAAGACACAGCGCGGCUAUUCAUUUCUCCACUGUAGGGUGUAUUAGUGCAUAAUCACAGGAGCCAAUAACACGCAGCAGAAAUGAAGCCUCUCCUCACCUAUAUCGAUCAAAUAUUAGAAUAGUUUGUGUUGUUUUGAUAUAAAACUGACUGAUGCUCUGUAACUUCAUGGAAUAAUUUUAUGCAUUUGAAUGUGUUUUUUGUUUUGUUGUUUUUUGUUUUUUUUCAGAAUGAAAAUGUUUUGUGUUUACAUUGUGUCUCUUUCGCCACUAACUGUCUCUGUUCGUUUCAAGCAAUAAUCCCCCAACAUGACACUGAUGGACAGACACACGUAAACACACACUGCCCUCUACUGGGUAACACAAGCUGAUGUCAGUGUACACAACAAGAUACUGUGUGAGCUGAUGUCACUAUGUUACCCAGCUGUGCCGACUGUGUAGAUCCAUACUGUACUGUUUAUUACGUGGUCAACGUUUGAUGUCAAACAUUUUUAAUAAAUGUGAUCUAAACUAACACAGGACCUGCAGAGGCUUCAAAAUUCAUGGUGAGGGAUUGUAUGGAAAUGAUUUGCGUGAAAAAUUAGAUAAAAGUUAUUUUUAAUGAGGCUGAAGCAGGGUCAUCCUGCAAACGACGAAAAUCUACAAGAAGUACUUUUGUUACUGGUCAUAAAAUUACUUCAUGUAGUAUUUGACAAAAAAUUAUUAGUGAUAUGUUUUUAGGAUGCAAAUGUAUCUUUAGCAUCACUAUAAAGAGACAACUAUCAAUAGAAAAUACGGGAUUUGCAACUUGGCAAUUCGCGGGUGUAAUUUUAGACCCUGAGUUUAGGGAAGAUGGUCUUUUCUUUUGAGAUUUAUUAUCAUAUAAAAUAGACAACAUAAUUUUCAUUAAAAAAGAUGUAUCAAGGCUUUAUUUUCCUGCAUCAAAUAAUUCAAACCAAUAUGUCAGUUUUGGGAAGCUAAACAUGGAUUGACUCCCUCCACAAGCUAGCAUGUUAGCCAAACUGUAACAAAACACCAAAAUGUAAUAAUAACAGAUGGAUAAAAUUAAACGUUUGAUCAAGUAUCAAAUGUUAUGACCUUUGACUGCAUAAAAUAUGGUCGGAGCAUCCAAGUUUGAAAGGUGAAGCCAAUGCAGAAGUGCUUAAUUGAAUAAAACCCCACUGGUUUCAGAAAGA